AAUGCAAUUGGUGACACAAGGUACUUGUGGCCACAUGGUGUGGUGCAUUGGACAAUAGAUUCCCACCACGCAGCUAUUCCUUCUCACGUGCAAUUAUUCAAAGAUGCUAUGCAGGAAAUCAUGGACAAAACCAUGGUUAACGGCAAAAAAUGCAUCGAUUUCCAGCCAAGAACAAGUCAAGCUGCUUAUAUCCAGUUCAGCUAUGGUUCUGGCUGCCAUACACCCGUUGGUUACCACGGGCGACGGUCUGACGUCACACUUGGUAAUGGUUGCCUGAGGAAGGGAACUGUGAUGCACGAAGUUCUACACGCUCUUGGUUUCUGGCACGAACAAAGCAGAGCGGAUAGAGACAACUACGUUAAAAUCCAUUUUGAAAAUAUUCAAAGCAGUCACUCUAGAAACUUCGAUAAAUACCAAGUAGGACCCCGACUGGAUAUGCUGAAUGAACCAUAUGACUAUGGGUCAGUUAUGCACUACAGUGCAUAUGCUUUCGCCAUCGACAGAAGAAAGGUUACCAUCGAGACCCUGCAGCCAGGCGUGACCAUUGGACAGCGUGUUCGAUUGAGUGAAAUUGACGCUAAAGAGAUCCAGAUCCGUUAUGGAUGCAUACCCCGACCUGGUUCCGUACAGACAAAUUCCCCACACCAGACAACUGCACCACAACCCGUCCAUUCUACAUCCCCGACUAACCAAGCCUCAGUUUGUACAUUCGAUCAUGGUCUGUGUGGCUGGACGCAGUCAACGACAGACGACUUGAACUGGACAGACGGUCAUGGUCGAACACCCAGUGGUAACACCGGGCCAUCCGCUGACCACUACGGAAGCACAAGUGGUCACUAUCUAUACCUCGAGGCGUCCAGUCACUACCAGAAGACGGCCAAGCUAGACUCCCCUGUGUACCCUGGCGGGCAAUACUGUCUCAGCGCCUACUUCCACAUUUUGAAAUGGAGGGUCAUACAGGUAGUGGUUAUCAUAGUGAUAUUGCCAUCGACGACCUAUCAGUCACACACGGGCAUUGUUAAUUGCAGCGGCAUGUUUGAAGGUGAUAUGGAACUGCAACCUGAACAAGAAUCCAACCUCAGAAAUGCUAUAGGAGAUACUCGCUAUUUGUGGCCACAUGGUGUGGUUCACUGGACUAUUGAUAGUCACCAUUCAGCUAUUCCUUCUCAUGUGCAAUUAUUCAAAGAUGCUAUGCAGGAAAUCAUGGACAAAACCAUGGUUAACGGCAAGAAAUGCAUCGAUUUCCAGCCAAGAACAAGUCAAGCUGCUUAUAUCCAGUUCAGCUAUGGAUCUGGCUGUCAUACACCCGUUGGUUACCACGGGCGACGCUCUGACGUCACACUGGGUAAUGGUUGCCUGAGGAAGGGAACUGUGAUGCACGAAGUUCUACACGCCCUUGGUUUCUGGCACGAACAAAGCAGAGCGGAUAGAGACAACUACGUUAAAAUCCAUUUUGAAAAUAUUCAAAGCAGUCACUCUAGAAACUUCGAUAAAUACCAAGUAGGACCCCAAAUGGAUAUGUUGAACGAGCCAUAUGACUAUGGGUCAGUUAUGCACUACAGUGCAUAUGCUUUCGCCAUCGACAGAAGGAAGGUUACCAUCGAGACACUGCAGCCAGGCGUUACUAUUGGACAGCGUGUUCGACUGAGUGAAAUUGACGCUAAAGAAAUCCAGAUCCGUUACGGAUGUAUUCCGAGACCUGGAUCUCCACCAGGAGGCGCAGUUACAGGAGCUACUUCCGCUCCUCAAGUUACGGUGCAUCAUCAGACAGCAACUCCACACACUUUCCCAUCUAACUCAGCUGCAACAUGCACCUUUGACAGCGGACUCUGUGGCUGGACACAGUCUAAGACAGAUGAUCUGGACUGGACGGAUGGACAUGGCCGCACCCCCAGUGGUAACACCGGACCAUCCACCGACCACUUAGGAAGCACAUCUGGACAUUACUUAUAUCUGGAGGCUUCAAGGCACUAUCAAAAGACAGCUAAACUAGAUUCCCCCUCAUACCCUGCCGGUCAAUACUGCUUCAGUGCCUACUUCCACAUGUAUGGACAGCAGACAGGAUACCUUUCAUUCAAACUUAUCCAGCAUGGUCAUCCUUACACCAUUAAAAGAUACACUGGUGACCAUGGAAACAGAUGGCUUCAUCUGAGACUUAGCAUCAACAUACAUGCUACCUUUCAGUUUGAGAUUGAAGGUCAUACCGGAAGUGGUUUCCAUAGUGACAUCGCCAUUGAUGACCUCUCUAUUACUCCUGGCCACUGUUAGAUUUAUUAACAAGUUGAAUACUAGUAUUGUAUUUAUUUCUUCUUUUUUGGUUGAAUAAAGCGUUUUACUCAUAA